UCAUUCGACUCUCGCAUUCGCCGUCGUCAGCACACGCGCACGCAACACGCAACACGGCACUACGGCAGCAACACCAGCAGCACGGCAGCAACAUCAGGCACGCCAGCAGCAACUCGGCUGUUCGUUGUCUCGAAAUCGGUUUCGUAUCGUCUCUCGUAUCGUUUCGCCUCGCAUUCGGUUCGUGUGCCUCGUCAUCAGCCGAAAAAAGCAAAAGAAAAAAAUACAAACGAUAUUUUCAUAGCCAAGGGAAAAAGCAGCGUAGAACGCACCUCGAACAGGUUUCGCCGUCGUCCGGAGAAACAGAAAGGUGCUCAAUUCCGCCCAGUGUGGAGGUAUUUUUUCGGUGUUCCCGCUUCUGACGAAAAUAUAUAAAAAAUACAGCAACAACAUAAAACAACACAACACAACUUUCUGAGGCACUUUCGCGUCGGGUUUUUGACAACAAUUUUCAAGUGUUUUGGGCCGCCUCUUGUUUGUUCGCAAAUAUCUGAAAUAUCUGUGUGACUGUGUGGAAAAAACAACUCAACGCAAAAGCCAAAAAAUUUUUGAUACGCGAAAUAAAAACGAAACAAAAAAUUUGUUAUGCAAUUUUAAGCGAGAGCAGCUACAAACUAUUUAGCCAAAAUCAAAAAUCACAAGUGCAACAUGGUUUCCCACAAAAUGUUCAAAAUGUCUAACUAAAGAAAAAGCUAAACUAAGCCUAAACGAAAGAGUAACUGCGAUUAAGAGCGAGUUUCAAGGAGCAACUUCAACGAGAUCAUCAACUUCAUCGGUCUAGAGAAAACUGGAAGCAAUCCCCGCAAGAUGCUGACCAUGGAAUCGGAUAUGAAGGGCAGCCUGCUGCAUGCCACCAUGCCGCCGCAUCACACGAGUGCCGCGCUCCACGGCCAUGCGGCCUCCCCGUACUCCGCCUUGGCUCCCCUGAUGAACCUGGGCCAGUCGCACCUGACCCACUCACAGCUGAGCCACCACAACCACCACCACCACCACAUGAGCGCCCACAUCGCGGCCAGCCAGAGUCCCAAUCCGCUCAGCUCGCUGCAAUCCUCGAUGGCCAACACCUUGAACGGCAGCCAGGUGGGUCAGCAGCAGCAGCAGCAGCAGCAGAGCUCCCCGCUGCACAGCUCCAGCGAACUGAGUCCCACCCAGAGCAGCAUCGGCAGCCACCACAUGACCUCGCCGGUCAGCCACCAGCAGCACACGCAGCAGCAGCAGCAGCAGCACUCCCAGCAGCAACACCUGGCCGCCGGAUCCGCUUUGAGCAGCCUGACGGGCGGCGGAUCCGCCAACAACAACAACAACAGCGCCACGGCCAACAAGAACCAACAGCACGCGGAUCGGGUGAAGCGGCCCAUGAAUGCGUUCAUGGUUUGGUCGCGGGGCCAGCGGCGGAAGAUGGCCUCGGACAACCCGAAGAUGCACAACUCGGAGAUCUCGAAGCGACUGGGCGCCCAGUGGAAGGACCUCUCGGAGUCGGAGAAGCGUCCGUUCAUCGACGAGGCCAAGCGGCUGCGGGCGGUGCACAUGAAGGAGCAUCCGGACUACAAGUACCGGCCGCGUCGCAAGACCAAAACGCUGACCAAGACCAAGGAGAAGUACCCGAUGGGCGGGCUGAUGCCGGGCCAGGGAGUGGGCGGCGGCGGUGGGGCGCCGGGUGAGCCGGUGACGCCGACGCGAGUGCAGGGUCAGCCGGGCCAGAAUCAGUCGCUCAACGGCAGCGGAGGCAGUGCAGCGGCGGCGGCGGCGGCAGCAGCGGCAGCGGCGCAGCAGGCGCGCCAGGAUAUGUACCAGAUGAACGCGCCCAAUGGAUACAUGCCCAACGGGUACAUGAUGCACGCGGAUCCGGCUGGGGCGGCCGCCUACCAGACCUCCUACAUGGGCCAGCACUACGCGGCGCAGCGGUACGACAUGGGGCACAUGUACAACAACGGGUAUGCGAUGUACCAGACGGUGUCGGGCGGUCAGACCUCGCCGUAUGGCGGCAGUUUGCAGCAGCCGGGAUCGCCGUCCCCGUACGGAGGCAGCAGUCUGCAGCAGCCGGGCAGUCCAACGCCCUAUGGAGGUGGAGGAGGAGCAGGCGGCGGUGGCCAGGUGUCCUGCCAGAGCCACAGCCCCAGCGACUCGAGCAUCAAGUCGGAACCCGUGUCGCCCAGUCCCAGUGCCAUAGCGCUCAACAACAACAACAAUAUCAACAACAACCACAUCAUGAAGCGGGAAUACAGCUCGGCGGCAGCGGCGGCGGCGGCAGCAGCAGCGGCAGCAGCCGCCGGCGGCGGGGAGCUGAAUCACCUGAUGAACAUGUACCAUCUGCCCGACGAGCAGCGCCACCUGCUGCACUACCAGACUGACUCGCCCGACCUGCAGCAGCAGCACCAGGCGAUGCAACAGCAACAGCAGCAGCAGCACCUCCCGCAGCAACACCUCCCGCAGCAGCACCAACAGAUCCCGCAGCAACACCAGACGAUGCAGCAGCAGCAGCAGCAACACCACCUGCAGCACCAGCAAUCGCUGCGGGCGAUGGCGCCGCUGGCACACAUGUGAGAAAUGGCCAGCGCCUAUGGAGCAGGAGGCUCCAGUGUGAGCGUAUCGCCCCCACUGCCGCCGUACAUGCCGACGGCCCCACAGCAGCAGCAGCAACAACAGCAGCAGCAGCAACAGUUGCUCAACGGACGGCCUAGUCCGACGGCAUCGGGGUCGUCGGGCGGCCGCUCCUCGGCGCAUUCCAGUGGCCAUACCGCCGCGCAUUCACCCGCCUUGGCAGCCGCCUACCAGCUGACCCCCUCUGCUGCCGCCACCCCCUCCGCCUCUGCUGCUGCUGCGGCGGCGGCGACUGCAGCUGCUGUUGCUGCUGCCGCCGCGGCUGGCAGCUCCUUUGCCGCCUCGGCCAGCAUGCUGGACAUGCAGCAGCAACAUCUCGAGGAGCAGCAGCAGCACCACCAUCUGCACUACCAGCAGCAGCAGCAACAGCAACACUACCAGCAGCAGCAGCAGCAACAUCUCCCGCAGCAGCAGCAGCAGCAACACCAGCUGUACCAUCACUAUCAUCCCGGCCACGAGGCAGCGGUGGCCGCCAGUGCUGCUGGCCUCUUGGAUAUAUCCACAUUGUAAAUUAUUGAAAAUAUUAACUAAAAGCCCUAGGAUACGCACACCCACACCUAAAGACCCCAAAUCCCACAACCCACACACACAGAGACAAUUUUAGCCUUAGUUCUUAAGCAGGUUUAAUUCGAAAUUGCAGAGUAACACACACACGCAUAUAUAAAUAAAUGAAUAGGGUUAAUAUUUAGUCAUUUAAAUGAAGCAUACGCACUGUUGUACCACAAUGGGAAGAUGACAACCAACUCACUUGCAUUCCAUACUGUUCUGCUUCGAUUUCCCUUGAUUUUCCGCUUGCUGCAUAGCUAAAACAAUUGUGUGAUACAAAUAAAUUGUUGCCACUUACUGGGACAACAAAUCGUUUGAUUUAGCAUUUCAUUUUCACCCACUUUUUGCUGUACAAAACAUUCUCAGACAUUAAAUGUGCGUUCGACAGAAGAUAGAUGAAGGAGCAACAGAGAUGCGCGGAAUCCAAGGAGGAAGUUUAGUAGGAGUAAAAACGAUGAAAAUAUUUCAGAAAAGCAAAGAAAAAUGUCGAAAAACAUUCUAUUUUAUAAAUUCUCUUAUGCAUUAAGUAAUUAUAAUUAUUAUCUAUUAUAUAAACAAUUUAAUUAUUAAUUAUGCUUACAAAUACCAGACAAGACAACCAUAAUUAAUUGUAAUAAAGCGAAAAACAAAAUUAUUAUUAUUAUUAAAAGCAUAAAUCGAAACGAAGGCAAGCAUCUACUGCAUAAUACAAAAACACAACCGAAAAAUGUUAGUAAACCUAAAGCAAAUUUAGUAAAAACAAACCAAGAAGCGUGCAAAACGUGAUUGUGAAACAUGGAGCGAGGCAGAGAAAACAAACAAAUUCAACAAAAACAUUGCCAAGCACCUGGAAGUAAUAAAAACAAAAUCCACA